AUGAUGGAGCAGGGGGGGACAAAGGGUGGAGUAAAAACCAAAGAGGGCAGUAAAAAAGUGAGUUUGAUGGGGAUGGAAAAGAAGGGGCAGUCGAGUGGAGUAGCAAUAAAGGAGCGUGGAAGGAAAGAAGGAGUAGUAGGUAGCAAUUCACAAAAACAUACUGAGGGUGCGGGGAACCUAUCCCCUUUGGGUAUUAGAUGA